AUGGAUGUUCGAGAAAUUAUACCGUCAACAGAGGGUAUUAGUCUGGACGAUGAGGAAGAGGGCGUACGCUUCGAGGAUGAGGUUUAUGGUAUCACUGCGCAGCCUCCGGUGCGUAGUACAUGGACGUUGGUCAGACGAUUUCUCACGGAUCGGAUCAUGAAGGUUGAGAUGAUGAAGAGGGUGAUGGCCUGGACUUGGCGACCACUCAUGGGAAUAGAGGUAACAGAUGUACUCCCGAACUUAUAUCUCUUUAUGUUUUUUAACAAGACAGACAUGCGCCGGGUGUUGGAGGAGGGUCCCUGGGCGUUUGAGAACACGACGCUUCUUUGCCAGGUUUUGGAUGACGGAGUGGAUCCAACGCAAGUGGUGUUGAACACAGUAGACUUCUGCCUGCAGGUUUACGAUAUUCCAUUGGGAUACCGUACGGUGAAGGUACUUGAACGAAUUGGGGAUUUCGCGGGGGUGUUUCUGCGGUAUGAUGAACGUAACUUUGAGAGGCCGUGGACUUCAUUUUACCGGGUACGUAUAACGCAUGAUGUAACUGUUCCUUUGAAACGUCGUAUGAAGAUAAUCAUGUGGGAUGGGACGUGGUCAUGGAUAAAUUUCAAGUACGAGCGACUACAUAUGUUUUGCUUCUUUUGUGGCAUAAUGGGGCAUACUGAUAAAUUUUGUUUAGCUGCUCGGCGUUCUUUGUUAUCUCCGGAUCAAUACCUAUUUGGUGCGGCAAUGAGAGCAGGUGGGAAUAGUCCAGCCAAAUUGUUAGGGGACAAAUAG